AAUUUUCUUCUGUACCAAGCUUCGUCCAAGAACCCUAGAAACAUGGAUGAGACACCAAAGAACACUACUCCAGAAUCUUCUUCUUCUGCGCCGCCAAAGUGGCUGAUGAAACUCAUCGGAGAAGUUAAUGGAAACGAGCGCCCGAAGCUUUUCAUGUCAAAGAAUUUAACGAAGAAUGAUGUUAGCGAGAGACAAGCUUGUCUUUUGAUUCCGUCGAAGCAAGUAAACGAUUCCAGUUUUUUGACUGAGACAGAAAGAAGUACAUUGUUGGAUACAGCUCAAGUGGGUCUGCAACUAUCUUUGGUUGGUUCUGGCACACAAACGAAAGAAGUGGUUUUGAAGAGAAGGAGAACCAAAGGAGUGUGGGGGUUUGUCCUGCUUAAAUGGAACCAUGUCUCUAAAGAACACAAACUUAAAGCAACGGACCCUAUAAGUCUAUGGUCUUUCCGUAAUGGGGAAGGAAACUUGUUUCUUGCUUUAGUUCACCGUUCUGACGAUGCCACGGGUACUGCCAUUCCUGAUGCUUCCAUACGUGAAGAUGUUGUGCUUCACCUGCUUUAUGAACGGGCCGGGCCUGAUGCUGUACGUGAGGAUGAUGUGGCCGACAAUAUUCCUCAUGAUCCCAUUGACUCUCAAAGUCUCAAUCUUUAUUCGACGAGACUCACGAGUUCAACCACCUGGACUUUGAUCACGACGACAGUCAAGGCUAUCUUCCUGAUGAAGACGAAGACUGUGGACAUUGGUUACAAUGAUGAUGGCUCAAUUCGUGAUCCGGUCACUAACACUUUUGGUAUUAGGUUUGUAUAGUUCUGAGUUUGAGUCUAGCCCGAUUUGUUUUUAUCAAGACUUGCUUAUGAUGUACUUACUGUGUGUUCAUCAAUUCAGAUGAAUAAAACAAAUAUUAUGAG